ACAAGCUCGCAUGCCACCAUCAUCAGCUGACUCAUGAUGCAACAACACAACCUUCAACACGAUAAGUCUGUAGGCAAGCACGCUGGAGUCAAGAGUCCAGUGCUGAGUCAAUCCGCUUAUAAGCCACAAGCACUACGACAUCUUCGGGCUGCCUCAUCGCGGACAGUGUCUCACGAAUUGGUCUGAGCACGUGAUGAGUUCGGUGCAUCUGUAGAGAGCACGAAAGAUGAAGGAAGAGUCUGAGUAGCGAGCUGUCUAUACAGGUUUGAUAAGGGCGACUUCAUGCAAGCAUCCUAGGCUACCAAGGGGAGCGAGGAGAGAAGGGCAGGAAACGCAUCGCCCAUUGCCAUACCGCGCAGCCGUUGCGUGGUGUCAUUAUGUCGACCGCAGCCGCAAACACGUCUCCUCUGGGCGUUGGUGGAACGCUGACGCUGAUACGUCACGCGCAAACGGUUGCGAAUGUGGCGCACGUGCUUCAAGGGAGCACAGACUCUCCAUUGUCUCCACUUGGAGAAUCUCAACUGGAAUGCCUUGGCGACUGCAGCCUCUGGAAGCAGCUGUACGAAGCCUUGCUCCGCGGGGAUUGCGUGGAAAUUUAUCACUCUCCGCUCGGACGCACGAGCAGGACAGCUCAGGUCGUGCACGAUGCGAUGCGUAGACACAUCCUCACUUCUGCCGAGCCUGCUGAUGCUGCUGCUUGCGGUAAAAGGUUGAGCAUAAGCGCUCGAAGCGCGUUGCAAGAAAGGGAUUUUGGCUUCAGAGAAUGCACUCGGAGAGGCUUUCAUCAGAACGGCUUUCCAAAAGGCAUUGGCCGAGGAGAGUCCAACGACGCGUGGAUGCGCAGGGUGCAGAUGGAAGCGAAAUGGCUGAUGAGCAGGGCGGAGCUGCGCCAACUCGAGAGCAACACCGCCGGUAAAAGGACGCUGGGCCGGGGGAAUGAGGGCAACGAAAGCAAAAAGGCUAAGAAUGAAGGAGCGACUAUCGGUCGAGUUGAGUCAAGAACGAGCUAUGCUUUCUCUGCGCCGCACAAUUUUUUAAAGAGCAGCAGCAGCAAAAGCACGGGAAAGCAAAUAGACGAGAAGCAAGAGGAAUCCUGCAUGGAAUCCAAGCCUAUCAGCGCCUGGCAGCCCCUGCCUUUGCACACCUCCUCCGGUCCAACGGCAGCCGCGCUUCCAAAGCCCAGCAUCGCCUCUAUGAGCCAGCCUUUUCCAGACCUUGCAGUCAUGCCACGUCGACAUCUCGUAGUGGUCACGCACGGUCUCUUCAUUUCCAGCUUUUUCAAAUUGUGCAUGCCAGCAGGCAACCAAAUGUCCGUACCUUUUGCGGACAAUACGGCUCUGUACACGCUCGUCCGUCAAGAGAUCAUGACAGGCUCGAUAGGCCGCGACGAAGAUCCUCUGAUGCCUGCUACGACCUCGACUUCAACAUCAAUACCUGCUGCGUUGUCUGAGCUAGCCAAAAGAUGCAAGUUGGUACUGCAGAGGACCAACGAUACGUCACACCUCCAUGAACAGGCGCGGACCACUCGGGCAGGCCGCGGUCGCUUGGGCGAACCCGACCCCAAACAGAGGAGCUUGAAGGACAUGUGGAAAAGAUGAUGAGCGUCGCUUCAUCAUCGAUGCAAUCGCUGCUCGUCAAUGGCACGCCAAAGCAGUGGCGUCUCCCC